AUGGUAGAACAAAUAUUACCAAUUGGUAUUGAUUCUGAAAUUGAACAUGUUAAAUCUGAAAUCGAUCGUGUCGAUGGUAUGUUUACAGUUGCUACUGGACCAAUGGGUCAUCAAGAAGUUAAUUAUCAUAUAAUUGAUGACGAACGAGAUUAUCGUACAACACAACAGUUUGUUUCUCAUACAAAAUCAAUAGUUGAGCCUCCGAAAGAAAACUUAUCAUUAAAAUCACCAUUAUCUUCAUUACCAUAUCAACAUAAUGCUGAAGUUUUCGAUUCAGAAAUAAUAAAUGAACAUCAAGAUGAGAUAUCAAAUAAAUGGAUACAAAAUAAAAUAUCUGAUAACUACAACAGAAAAGCUCGAUUUUCAUUACCGGAAAUUGAUGUCUAUGAUCAACAAGAAAAAAAAUUUCUAAUAAAAAAAAGUAUUUAA